UGUUAGCCGUUGUUAGGCAGUUGUAGGACGUGUUUUUCAUCGCUCAGCAAGUUCUUCUAAGAUCAACGAUACUUACCAAAGAGAUCUAUCGAGAUGAGUUGUAGUGAUGAACUAAUCACACAUGCAAUCAAUUAUAUCAGAGAAAAAUUAAAGAAGAGACCAGACAAAUUCGCCAUCACAAGUUUUGUGAACUCUAGGCAUGGCCUAAAUCACACCGACGUGGCUGACACUGUAGAUCAACUCGAAGCCAAGGGAGUUAUUUUCCGAAAGGUCAAGAAGAAGAGGCACUCAUUCUUCAUAUCUGACUUGGAUGAGGAUGAAAACUCUUCUAUAAUGGAGAACGAGACUGAAGACAGUAAUGUCGAAAGGAAAGAAGAGGAGAAACAGCGGCAAAGUGUUUUUGCACCCCGCCAUGACAGCCCUCCCUCGACCAUCAUGGACUUCAUUCGUGCCGAGCUUGAACAAAGGGAGCUACGUCUCGCAAACAAGAUCAUGGCCAAUCUGGAAGGAAAAUAUCUGGAAAAGGCAAAUAAUGAGAAAGUGCUUAUUGAAAGGUUAGAAAGGGAGGUGGAUUUUCUCAAAUCAGAAAUUCAAAAUAAGAACAAUCUACUUUCAAGUUUGCUCACAAACAUGGAAAAUGGCAGGACUAACAAUCGAAACGAAGACAAAGGUAGCGAAUGCAAGAAUAAUGCAGGACCUUACACAGACAAAGGCAAUGAAUGGAGACAAAUCAUCCCCAAGAGAGCUGGAAUCAGAAGAACAAGCAAGGAAAAGAGGCCAUCUAGUGAAUGCGACUGGCAUGCAAGUUAUGAGGAUUUUCCACCGCUAUCGAACAAAUUUGACCUGCUGUCAUCGUUGGAACUGAAUGAUACUGCUUCAGAUCAUUUUUGUACAGUAAAGUCUCCAAUAAAGUCACAAGAAUCUAAUAAAGUUACGGCAAGGAACAAAAGAGUUAUUCGCAAAGAUUUGGAAAGAAUGCCAUCAAGGCAAAAGGAUCUCCAUCGUGUUAUUGAUCAAGACCAACAGCCAAAACGAACCCAGGAUUGUAUUACUAUCAUCGGCGAUUCCAUGGUAAAAAAUAUUCAAGGAUUCAAAAUGAAGCAAGCAAUCAAGAAUGACCGAAAUGUUUAUGUUAAGUCAUUCUCAGGAGCAACAGUGGAUUGUAUGAACAGUUACGUUUGCCCAAAUAAAAAAAAUCCGAAGACAAUCAUUCUUCACUGUGGUACGAACGAUUUGAGAAGAUCCCAACCUGCCUGCAACAUCGCUAGAGAUAUCUUCGAACUAGCUAGAACAUUGGAAACCAGGAGUAACUCGGUCCUGAUUUCAGGGUUGGUACCCCGGGGCGACUCGUUAAAUGGAAAGGCCACUGAGGUAAACAAGUUGCUGAAGCAAAUAUGUAUAAGCAAGAACUUGAAAUUCAUUGACAAUUCGAAUAUAGAUCCAAGCAUACACCUUAACCGUAGCAGGCUACAUCUAAAUGACCGUGGAAACACGCUUUUAGCUAACAAUUUUAUUUAUAAUCUAGGAUACUGACU